UGCUCACAUCUGUUUUGUGGGAGGGAAAAAUCAGCAAACAGGCUCAGAAUACCUGUCAUGCAAAUGAGAGUGUCUGGUUUUCAUCUUCCUCUUCUUCCCAGGAACAUCAUGAAGGGGAAAUGGAGAGCUCAAUUUUGGGGAAAUUGCAAAGGGUAAAAGGGGGAGGAGAUCAGUUACAACACACUAUUGCGACACUCAGCAGGGUUGAAAGUGACAACAGCGAGGGUUUCUCUUUUUGGAAAUAUGAGGGUUUUUCCGCUUCUGACAGUGGGACGGAAUGACAGCAAUGCAGGCCGAGGCAGCCUGCCGCCCUUCUGGGAGAAGACCCUGCAAGAUGCAAGCAUUUAGAAUCUGGGAUAUUAACCAGAAGACUUUCUAUCUGAGGAACAACCAACUCAUUGCUGGCUACUUACAAGGACCAAAUACUAAAUUAGAAGAAAAGAUAGACAUUGUGACCACUGACCUUCAUAGUGUGUUCUUGGGGAUCCACGGAGGGAAGCUGUGCCUGUCUUGUAUCAAGUCUGGAGAUGAUGUCAAGCUCCAGUUGGAGGAAAUUAACAUCACUGAUCUGAGCAAGAACAAGGAACAAGACAAACGCUUCGUCUUCAUCCGCUCAGAUAAAGGCCCCACCACCAGCUUUGAGUCAGUUGCCUGUCCAGGCUGGUUCCUCUGUACAGCACUAGAGGCUGACCAGCCUGUCAGUUUCACCAACAAACCUGAAGAGCCCCUUACAGUCACAAAGUUCUACUUCCAGGAAGACCAAUAGUACUUCCCAGGCCUACCCUUCCCCACUCCCAGGCCAUCAAUGACUCCAUCAACUGCCUCCUCACUCUGGCCAUCAUUGGGUCUGAAGACCAACUUUGCAGGGUAUACAGUAGAGGGAGGUAGAAGAGCCUUGAUGACAGAUUUCUGCCUUCCCCUCUUGGCUGACCCAAUCCCCAUGAUGCUUCCAGAAUGAUCUUUCAAAUUGGACCAUGGCAGGCCCUUGUUUAAAACCCUUCCUCAUUGCCUCUGCCCUUUGAGUGAAUCCUAGACUACUUGCUGGGCCUAGGUGUCUUCUACUCUCCACACUUCCUGUUCUUCCAUUGUCCUACAGGUCCACAGCCCAGACUAAUCAACUUGUUUGAUAACACCCUUGAAGUGGCUCCCUUACCCUGUUUUAUAAACCUCUGCUGGUCUGUGGAGAAGGUUUUUAUUCUCCUUGCCGUCCAUUUGGUUUUUGGUGCUUGGGAUGAAGCCCACCAGGGCCUCAUGUAUACUAAGUAUGUGCCUACCACCAACUAUGAUUUCAGCUCACAGGGAAGUUUUUAAGGAUCCAGAAAACAGAAGUUAAGGAUCUCAUAGUUAUUUUAUUAGGCCAGCCUUAUUCCAUGUGGGGGAGAGUCCUUCUUGUAGAGCUAAUGUCCUUUCUGAGAGGGGCUGGGAACUAGAUGUCCCUACAUUUGUGAAAUGAUGAUAAACAUGGGAAAAUAGAUAGUAGGUUUUCCUCUUUUCCUUCUUUCUACAAUGUUCUAAACUGAAAAAUUAAAAUUUAGUAGACUAUAUUAUCCCCAUAAUCAUUUUUUUUAUUUUUCUUUGGGGGGGUUCAAUAGUCUGAAAAUAGUCUGAAUCCCUCUGUCCAGCCCAAAUGCCAUCUCCACUCCAAACUCUCCACAGCUGCCUGCAGAUGUGCCCCACCAUCACUGUGCAAAUAUCUGCCAGGCUCCUCCUGCUGUGGUGAAUGAAUCCACUGAUCAUUUCUUGACCAUGUUAGCACUUCUAACCUUGAAACUAGUGUGGAAGCAGCUAUGGCCCCUGCCUGUUUCCUCUGCCAGACUGUGAGCUCCACAGAGCAGCGAGCAUUGUGUGUGUGUGUGUGUGUGUGUGUGUGUGUGUGUGUGUGUGUGUGUGUUGGGUCCCUGUAGGCCUGAGCACCAGCUUGGCUCUUGGCAGGCACUCGGUGACUGUGUGUUGUGUAUGCUGAGUCCUCCCUGUGACUUUAGCUGUAUUUUACAAUAAAACACUGAAAAUGUC